CGUGGCCCGCUCUCCCCGCCCGCUCCCGCUCGGCUCCGGUCGCCCGUGCAGCCCGCUGCCGCCGCGGGCAGACCCAGCGCUCCGGCUCGGCUCGGCUCGGCUCGGGGGCGCGCCGCGGCCAUGCAGCGCCGGGGCGCCCUGUUCGGCGUGCCGGGAGGCAGCGGCAGCAGGAAGAUGGCUGCAGGCGACAUCGGCGAGCUGUUGGUGCCCCACAUGCCCACGAUCCGCGUCCCCAGGUCCGGGGACAGGGUCUACAAGAACGAGUGCGCCUUCUCCUACGACUCGCCGAAUUCAGAAGGUGGACUCUAUGUAUGCAUGAAUACGUUUUUGGCCUUUGGAAGGGAACAUGUUGAAAGACAUUUUCGGAAAACUGGACAGAGUGUGUACAUGCACCUGAAAAGACACGUGCGAGAGAAGGUAAAAGGGGCAUCUGGUGGAGCUUUACCAAAAAGGAGGAAUUCCAAGAUGUUUUUAGAUCUAGAUACUGAUGACGAUUUAAAUAGCGACGAUUAUGAAUAUGAAGAUGAAGCCAAACUUGUUAUAUUCCCAGACCACUAUGAAAUAGCACUGCCCAAUAUUGAGGAGUUACCUGCCCUGGUAACAAUUGCUUGUGAUGCAGUUCUUAACUCAAAAUCCCCAUACAGAAAGCAGGACCCAGACACAUGGGAAAAUGAAUUGCCGGUGUCCAAGCAUGCCAGUAACCUCACCCAGCUGGACAAUGGAGUCAGGAUCCCUCCAAGUGGCUGGAAGUGUGCCAGGUGUGACCUGCGGGAAAACCUCUGGCUGAACCUGACCGAUGGCUCUGUGCUGUGUGGGAAGUGGUUCUUUGACAGCUCCGGAGGCAAUGGGCACGCACUGGAGCAUUACAGAGACAUGGGCUACCCUCUAGCCGUGAAACUGGGAACCAUCACUCCUGACGGGGCAGAUGUUUAUUCUUUUCAAGAAGAGGAACCUGUUUUGGAUCCUCAUUUGGCCAAGCACCUAGCACAUUUUGGAAUUGACAUGCUUCAUAUGCAUGGGACAGAGAACGGGCUCCGGGACAAUGACAUCAAGCCACGAGUCAGCGAGUGGGAAGUGAUCCAGGAGACGGGGACGAAGCUGAAGCCCAUGUAUGGCCCAGGGUACACGGGCCUGAAGAACCUGGGCAACAGCUGCUAUCUCAGCUCCGUCAUGCAGGCCAUCUUCAGCAUCCCGGAAUUCCAGAGAGCGUAUGUAGGAAAUCUUCCAAGAAUAUUUGACUACUCUCCUUUAGAUCCAACACAAGAUUUCAACACACAGAUGACUAAGUUAGGACAUGGACUUCUCUCAGGCCAGUAUUCAAAGCCUCCAGUGAAAUCGGAACUCAUUGAACAGGUGAUGAAGGAGGAACAUAAGCCUCAACAGAAUGGGAUCUCUCCACGCAUGUUUAAGGCCUUUGUAAGCAAAAGUCAUCCGGAGUUCUCCUCCAAUAGACAGCAGGAUGCCCAGGAGUUUUUCUUACACUUGGUGAAUCUAGUAGAGAGGAACCGCAUUGGCUCAGAAAACCCCAGUGAUGUUUUUCGGUUUUUGGUGGAAGAACGCAUUCAGUGCUGUCAGACCCGAAAAGUCCGCUACACGGAGAGGGUGGAUUACCUGAUGCAGUUACCUGUCGCCAUGGAGGCAGCAACCAACAAAGAUGAACUGAUCGCCUAUGAACUAACAAGAAGGGAAGCAGAAGCCAACCGAAGACCCCUUCCCGAGCUGGUUCGUGCUAAGAUACCGUUUAGUGCCUGCCUUCAGGCCUUUUCUGAACCAGAAAACGUUGAUGAUUUCUGGAGCAGUGCGCUACAGGCAAAGUCUGCAGGCGUGAAAACAUCUCGCUUUGCCUCAUUCCCUGAGUACUUGGUAGUACAGAUAAAGAAGUUCACUUUUGGUCUCGACUGGGUUCCCAAAAAAUUUGAUGUUUCUGUGGACAUGCCAGAUCUUCUGGAUAUCAACCAUCUCCGAGCCAGGGGGUUACAGCCAGGAGAGGAGGAACUUCCGGACAUCAGCCCCCCCAUAGUCAUUCCUGAUGACUCUAAAGAUCGCCUGAUGAACCAGCUGAUAGACCCAUCAGACAUCGAUGAGUCGUCGGUGAUGCAGUUGGCUGAGAUGGGUUUCCCCCUGGAAGCGUGUCGGAAGGCCGUGUACUUUACUGGAAAUAUGGGAGCCGAGGUGGCCUUUAACUGGAUCAUCGUUCACAUGGAAGAGCCAGAUUUUGCCGAACCGUUGACCAUGCCUGGUUAUGGAGGAGCAGCUUCCGCUGGAGCCUCUGUUUUUGGUGCUACUGGGUUGGAUAACCAGCCUCCAGAGGAGAUUGUUGCUAUCAUUACCUCCAUGGGAUUCCAUCGAAAUCAGGCUGUUCAGGCGCUACGAGCAACGGAUAGUAACCUGGAAAGAGCACUGGAUUGGAUCUUUAGCCACCCUGAGUUUGAGGAGGACAGUGACUUUGUGAUUGAGAUGGAGAAUAACGCCAAUGCAAACAUUAUUUCUGAGGCCAAGCCUGAAGGGCCUAGAGUCAAGGAUGGAUCUGGAAUGUACGAAUUAUUUGCAUUCAUCAGUCACAUGGGAACAUCUACAAUGAGUGGCCAUUAUGUUUGCCACAUCAAAAAGGAAGGAAGAUGGGUGAUCUACAAUGACCACAAAGUUUGUGCCUCAGAAAGGCCCCCCAAAGACCUGGGAUACAUAUACUUUUACCGCAGGAUUCCAAGCUAAACCUCAGACAUACAAAUUGGCGAGAAGCCAUAUGCCUUUUUAAUUUGCCAAAAAGAAAGAAAAAAAAAAGGGGGAGAAGUUGGGACAGCCAGACAUGAAGGAAUAUAUAGGGUAUUUAUAGUUUAUUUAAAGAACAUCAUUUGACGCCUUCUGAAAUAGAACUGGGAAGAAAUUUCUAUUAGUGAAGAUACACUACUGUAGAUAGUUUUUCUUUUUAUAAAUGUUCAAGGAGAGGAUGAUUUAACAACAACAAAAAAGUAUUCCUAUCUCUGGUGGGGGAUCUGCACUGGCAUGGUUCAUCAAAAGCAGGAAUGUGCCACCAGCCCUCUAUUUUGCUUUGGGGAUCAGUGGUGUGGCAUCCCCCACAAUAAAUGAAAAGCCCACUUUUUGUUUCAUAUCGAAAACCAGUCACUGGGUUGGGCUUUAUCUGUGACAUAAUUUUUUCAUUAUACACAAUAAUUUCUGACCUAUCCAUGUACAAUAGAUUAGAGCAUUUGCUCUAUCUAAAAUGGAAGAUAUUUUUAAUUUAAUCAUAUCAAAAUUCAGAAUACGAUUGUGCGAAUGUGUGUGAGAAUGAGACUGAGCGUGUUGAGACCUUUAUAAGUUAAUGAGGAAAUCUGUGAUGGGUUGGUUUUUAGAGGUUAAGACAGUCAGCAUUAAGCAUAGCUAGAAAAAGCAAGUAAAUAUUUUAAAGAACCUAUAACUCAGGAAGUGUUUAAGGAAUUAGUUCCUCACUUAGAUUUCCAGGCGUAAAAAGGGCUGAGUUGUCCCUUUAAGUGCUGUCAAGAAUUCACUUGGGCUUGUGACGUUUGGUGGUGUAACGCCAGAUGCCCACCGCUGCACAAUAUUAUUCUUUGCCAAAGGUAGAUGAAUUCUGUUUCUCAGCAACCCUUUCCCCUAAGGUAUAGUGUGUAUUUUUAGUUAAAAUAGCUGAUAGCUUCUUAACAUAACACAUGAAAAUUUAUUGGAAUCGUGUUUGGUGCCCCAAAUUUGUCUGUAAUUUUCUCAUCCCUGAGCUCUCUGCCUGUCUCCACUUCUACAUUUUCUGGGGCCAGAGUAUCAUCUCUGCCCUUUUUUUGGCCAGUCGUCUUCUGACUUGCCUUCUUCACUGCUUAUCUGCUGCGACCAGCAAUGUGAUCUUGGGCACUUUAAGGGUUUCAGAUGCAAAGACAUUUCAUAUGACAUUAUGAAAGACCAUCAUUUCCAUUUGGUAUUUCAGCAUUUCAGCUGCAACCUGGAAUUAGAUCAGAGUUUCAAAUGUGAUGAAAAAGUGGAAUGUUAGUGCUCUCUCUAGACGUUUCCUACUGCUCUGUACCAACUCUGGAGUUUCUAUUUCAGAUUAUUCAGUCAAAUGAAAAAGGAUUUGCUGCUGUCUGCUUACCAUGCGUUUGAUUGGUAGAAGGGGUCUUUCUAGAAACUGUAGGAAAAUAAUGUAGAACCAGUUGGGUGCAAUACAGCACAGAUGACGGAGUAUACAUGGCGAAUUGUGAACAAUCAGGAUUCUGGUUACGAUGGAGCCUGUCUCCCAGAUCAGUGAUAACAGUGUGAGUGAGGGAUGUGGAGCCCGAGGCUGCAGCCCAGAGAGCUGGGCGCUUCUCCUACCCGGGCAAGUCCCUCAUCCUCCCUGUGCCUCACUUUCCUUGUCUGCACAAUGGUGUGACGACACCUGCUCUCUCUUUCCCUCUGUGCUUUGAGGACACGGUGACAUUUGAUACGAUGAACCUUUAAAGAGUAGCAGGCGGUGUGCCAUGGUGGGUCCUAGUAGAGUGCUCCCUCCUGUCUCUCAUCUGAUGUUUUCAGUUUGGGAACAAAUGAGAUUGGCAUAAGGAGGGAGCUCAUGGUGCAGUAAUUCUCUACUAAACUCUGCCCACUGGUGUCACCUUUUAAUGCUGACUCGGACAUCUUGAAGCAGCCCCACUCUGUUAUUACACGAGUCCCUGAUUCCUGUAGAAAUCCCCACGCUGAGCAGCCUUACAAAACCUAGUCUCAUUAGGGCUGAGUGAGUAUCACAGAAUAAUGACUCUCAACACACAUCAAAAAUGACUGGUUUUCAGUGCUAUCACAAAGCGAAGGCCUUUUUUGGGAGGGUAGGGGGUGAUCGGGGAUUUGGAUUGAAAUGGCACAAAGAUAGCAUGUGUAUUUUGAACAAAAUAAAAAUUUUAUAAUAAAACCUUACAAAAUGAAUGGUGUAAAAUCAGUAUAGGAGAGUAUAGGCUAUACAAUAUUUAAUUAAGUAGAAAAAUAAGUUUAGCCCUUUUGAUGCCUAAACAUAUUGUAAAAAAGUGUAAUAUGGCCACCUUUUUUUUUUUUUUCUGCCUCACAAAACAAAGGGCUAUUUCUAUAAGGCAAAGUUUUGUAUAUGUGCUAUUCUUUAUUUCAGGUGGAGAACUGGGGAAAAACUGGAUCAAAUGAUGAGUUUCUUUCUUGCUUAAAAAUGUAUUUAUAUGUUUUCCUUAAUAUAUACAAACAAGGCAGGUUUCCCUGGAAUAAAAGUCUGGAACACACUGCUUAAUUUUACGUGCAUAUGUGGAUGAGAUUAUUUAUGACUCAGUACUAGAAUAAUGUGUGGAUUUUGGUCAACUGAUUAUCAGCCUGUUAGGAGUCCUCUGUGUGAGGCUUGGUGGUAUCAUUGUGAAAUUCUUACUGGGUGUGGGUGUAUGUGUGAAAGAGAGCACCUUUUCCUGUAAAUAUCUUUUGAUAUCCAUUUGUGUAAAAUCCCAAUGAAUGUGUCUUUGGAAAAUAUAAUGUAUCAAAGUUUUUAUUUUGUCAGUUGACUUAAAUGCCCAUAUAACUAAUCAGAAAUCCAGUUUGGUUCAAAUUGGGAUUUUUUUUUUAAGGGGAAAAAUGUAUGCAGAAAGGACUAUUGGAAGAAUCAUGUUUUAAUGCCAUUUUACAUCAAUAUUGCUUCAAUAUUUUGAAUUGACUUGGCUGUUUUCCCCCACCUACAAGAGAAUGUGCCUGCCAUUCCCCUGUGCUCACUUUGGGCUGCAGGAAGUCCAGUGUGAGCAGCUUGAGCCUGGGACUCCCAGCAUCCUUUAGUCCCUUGACCUGAACUGGACGGAGCCUCACUUGGUGAGAGCCAGAUGCAGUACAUGGUGAGAGCAUCUGGCUUUGCAGCCUGACUCCACCUCUAAGUGUGAUGGGGCUGAGUCUCUUUACCUCUCUGGGCCUUUUCCUUUAAAAAGAGUGGGUUAGACCAGAUAAGCUCUGAAGUCCCUUCCUGUACUAACAGUGGAUUCUUUUUUUAUUUUCCUAUGGUUACCACUGGUGUCAGACAUGUGAGAUGUGAGGGAUCACACAGAGGUUAGAUGUUAUGGCUUUUAUUUGUUACAGCUCAUAUACCCCAGUUUAGAACCUGUCUCAUUUUUAGUGUCCCCACCCUAACUUCUGUUCAGACUUUCUUGGGAAAAUUACCUUCUUUGGUAAUGACCACAUUUUCCCCCUCACUCUUGAAACUCUCCACUUCCCAGUCCAUUCCCCUCAAAAAACAAACAAAAAACAAUCCAUUUAAAAUGUGGCCCUGCGCUGAUAAAUCUCUGAACUACCUUCAGGUAAGUCUGUCACAUUUAUAGAACAUUUUCUUAUUCUAGCUCAGUUCUAGCUAUGAUCCCCAAAUAAGUGCUGAGUUAGUUGUCUAUCACAGAAAGAUGUCUUUUCAUCUUGUAGGCAAUCACACUUGCUAAAUCACAUAGUCUGUGGGGAGGUGGCAGGUGACGACGCGCAGAACCAGGGGAUAGGGUUAGAUAAAAUGGGAUUCCAUCCUUUACCUUAGGUCUGAAAUCCUUGGUUACAGAACAAGGUUCUGUACUCUUAAGUCAGUGUGUAAGAUCACCUACACCGUGCCACGGAGAUUCCCUACUCAGUAAAUCACCCUGAGUUUGCAUUACGAGUCUCUAGACCUGCGCUCUUCAGUGCAGUAGUCAAUAGCCACAUGUGACUAGUGACCUUUUGAAAUCUGGCUUGUCCAAAUCAAGAUUGUGCUGUGCACAUAAAAUACAGAACAGAUUUUGAAGCCCUGGUACCAAAAAGAAUGUAAAAUAUUUCAUCAACGUUGAUUAUAUUGAUUCCAUGUUGAAAUUGCAGCGUUUUAGAUGUAGUAAAUAAUAAGAUCCUACUAAAAUUUCGCUUAUUCCUUUUUUUCUUUUUUUAGUAUGCCUACCAAAAAAGUUAAAAUUAGACAAGUGGCUCUCAUUGUACUUCUAUGGGGCAGGGCUUCUCCAGCCUUAGACGCUGUGGGGUUGGCAGCAAAAUGCCUUAGGUAUGGAAGGUAAUUCUCUGAACCAUCUAAGUAGAAGCCACACAAAAUUUUUGCUAGAAUCGGGCGCACUGUGAGGCGUGGACUGCCUCGCAGAAAGCAGAAGGUGUUUCUAUGUAGAAAACCAUUAGAUAUGAGACCCAAGUUAAAAGAUAAAAGUAAAGAAGCCCCAAAUUCUGUAUCUUCAGCUUUUCCUAGAAACUAGUAACUUUGUGCUUAUUUUUCAAGCCACUUCCAGCCGCCAAGGAUGUUAGCUACGUGAGGGUGUGGGCCUAUUUGUUCACUUUAGGCAACAUUCUCUUGUGGUUUCCCCUCCCCAGGUCUUGUUCAGCCUGUUCAGAGCCUGUUGUGUUGAAAUACUGUGCAAAUCUUGCCGCUCCAAUCGCACCGCUCCUCUUGGCCUCAGCAGAGGCUGCGCCUGGCACCUGCGCCUACCUGCCCAGCAGGUGUUGAUGUUGGCUCCUGAAAGAGUUUGUACUCAUUUUAUUUUGCACUAGUCACAUUUGUUGUUUAAAAUAUCUCAGAUGUUUUGGGAGCGUAUUUGCCUGUGAUGGAAAGAGAGAUGGAUGAUUUAUUGCUUCAAUUGUUUUAAAAUUAAAAGCUAUUCUCACAAUC